CCGCCCGUCACGCUAGGUGUUGUCCUUGGCGGCCAUGCCUAUGUUGCGACUAAUGCUAAGGGGGAGGUCCUCCAUGGGGCAACACGCCUAGCGCGAAUGGUACUGACAGAGACCGCUUACCUCGUAUGGGUCCUGCGCUGUGAGAGAGUGAUUGGGGAGAGGGAGCUGCUCCCGGGCGACCUAGAGGCUGACUACGUGGAACGUAGAUGGAGACAGGCCCUGGCGCGCCGCCUAGCGAACGACUGUGCCCUCACCCGACUGCGCGUUGGCGCGAAGCCGGCGCUACAGCCCUCGUCGGUCGAAGCCACGUGGGCGGGCACACUCCAGGAUGAGCAGCACCUCCCUCCUGACUGG